UGGGCUUUGUAGUUUUCGGAAGCGCGUACUUAAGUAUGACAGCUCGAAAACAAUCUUCUCAGGACCUUUCCGGGGCUACAUGACAAACUACUCAGCUACUGAAAAAAAAGCAACGAAGUAAUAAGUUCCCACAGCAGACACUGGCUUCGGUGCCACGGAGCAGUUCAAGGGGACAUGGUUGACACGGGGGUAGGAGGGGGGGACACAGAGGAGAAUCACCGAGAGCCCAGAGAUCACGACCGAGAUCACGACCCAGAGAAUGGCCCCACAGCGGCACCGGCCAAGGCGUCCCACAGGCAGAUGUGGUCUGUCGUCUUCCUCUGCCUCUAUGGCUUCAUCGUCCAGCUGAAACCUGGAGAGCCUUUCAUCACGCCUCUGCUGCUCAGCCCGGAGAAGAACUUCACAAGACAGCAGGUGACUAAUGAGAUCAGUCCAGUUUUGUCCUACUCCUACAUGGCGGUGCUGGUUCCCGUCUUCCUGCUGACGGACUUCUUGUGCUACAAGCCCCUGCUGGUGCUGCAGAGCCUCAGCCAUGUUGCUAUCUGGCUGCUGCUUCUUCUCGGCACCACGCUGCUGCAGAUGCAGUUCAUGGAGUUCUUUUACGGCAUCACCAUGGCAACGCGUGUGGCCUACUCCUCCUACAUCUUCUCUCUGGUGGCUCCGGCGCUCUAUCAGCGCGUGGCCAGCUACUCGCGCUCCUCUGUGCUGAUGGGUGUCUUCAUCAGUUCGGUGCUGGGCCAGCUGUGCCUGUCGUUGGGUGGCGUCUCUUAUGCCAUGCUCAGCACUAUCUCGCUGGGCUUUGUCAGCCUGGGUUUCUUGCUUUCUCUCUGCCUGCCGUGGCCAGAACGCAGUCUGUUCUUCAACCGGGCCCGGAGGCAGGACGAGAGGGCUGAAGCCACCCAAUGUGAGCUCGUCAAGAUGGACCCCAAUGGGUUUCCUUCCCCAACCGUCACCCCCUCCUGGAGGAGCUCCCUGUUUUUCCAGAUGGUGAAGGAGCUUAGGAAUGUGGUGCAGAUACCUAACCUCCGCCUCUGGAGCCUGUGGUGGGUGUUUAACUCUGCUGGAUACUACCUGGUCCUUUUUUAUGUGCACAUCCUGUGGAACAAAGUAUACCCCUCCACUGAGAACAAGCACGUCUACAACGGGGCAGUGGAGGCAGCCUCUACUUUGCUUGGCGCCAUCACUUCCUUUGGUGCUGGCUUUGUGAAGAUCCAGUGGAACCUGUGGUCAGAGCUCGUGAUCGGUGUCAUCACUGCCCUACAGGCUGGCUUGCUGCUUCUCAUGGGUACCACUGACAGCAUUUGGGUCUGCUAUGUGUCCUACACCCUCUUCAAGGGACUCUAUCAGUUCCUGGUGCCUAUUGCCACUUUCCAGAUAGCCUCAUCUCUCACCAAAGAACUGUGUGCCUUGGUGUUUGGUGUGAACACCUUCCUCGGGACCAUUCUGAAGACCAUCAUCACCAUCAUUAUAGUAGACAAGAGAGGACUGGGACUGUCUGUGCAUUCCCAGUUUUCAGUUUACUUUUUCUACUUCGCUGUGCUGACCGUCAUCUAUCUGGGCUCUGCGGCUACCGUCUUGAUCAGACAUUGCCGUGUGCGAAGGGGGAACGCGACCUCCACGGAGAAGCCAGCCAAAGAACUUUGCCCUUUAGGGACAAGCGUUAGUGAGCCAGAUCAGCACCCGGUCAAUGGGGUCAGUGUCAAACGAUGAGAAUUAGUCUGUGUACAUAUGAAGUUUAAAUUUACCUUUUUAUAAGAUUACUUUUUUUAUUAUACUAAUAUUUAAAAGCACUUUUCAAAUUCUGCUGUGUGAAUGAUCAGUACACAUAAUAGUGCAUGAAUCCUCAAAUAUAAUACUAUCGCAUUAUAUUUGUAAUAUUUCAUCCUUGUACUGUUUCGUAACAUAUUAGAUAUGUUAAAAUGUAAAAGUGUGACAGUAUGUUCUUGGUUUUGUUCUUUUAAAUUUAAACCAAUGUAGAUUGUACCUAUUUGAACACAACCCCCCCCCCCCCCCCCCCCCCCCCCCAAAAAAAAAAAAAAAUUACAGGGACAUGAACUGGAGUCUCAUUCCUCAUAGUGUGUGAUUGUGUGUCCCACGACGGACUGGUACACUAUUGUAGGGGGUAUGCCCCGCCGUGUGCUCCAGACUCACUGUGACUGUGAUUAUAGGAGAUAGAAAAUGUUGUGCACCAAUAUCUAGCAAUAAUACUAGAUAAAGGGUAAAUUGCUGUAAAAUCCCAUUAUACGCUGGCAUCAUGUCCAGGGUGUACCCCUGCCUUGUGCCCUGUAAUGCCUGGAAUAUGCUCUAAGCUCCCCUGUAGUCCUGACCAGGAUAAGCAUUUGGAAUAGAUGGAUAAAUAGAUGGUGAAAAAUCUCAGUGGAUUUAAACAUUUUAGUGGGAAAAACCGCAGUAUUACUGUUCGAACUUGUUUAGAGUUGUGUAAUAUUUGAACCACAGUAUUGUGAAUUGUACUUUGCUCAAUUCAGUUUGCUAAGCUUAUGUACACAGGUGCCCUCUGGUGGGAGCUGAUGCUCAUUUCACCGUCUGUGUGACUAGUUUAGAGACCCCCAUACGCUGAUAAAAUCGUAUAAUGAUUACUGAUCUACGGAAUUUAUUCGAUAGCUAGACACUGUAAUGGUCAAAGUCUAAACACAGAUUAUUUUGUAAUGUUUUUAAAUACAUUAUACAGCAUUUCGACAGCAGUGUCUGAAAUGUUAGUUAGCGAGUAAUUAGCUAUUCACCGUUAUCAUUCACAACUGUAUUCCUCUAGUCCACAAUGGUUUAAUCAUUUUAACUUCAAUUCCUUUUGUAUUGAAUAUCAUGCAAUGUUAUAUAUUUUUUUUUUUUUUUUUUUUUAUUCCCCCCCCACACACAUAAAAGGCAAAUGCUAGUUAAUACACACAUAAGUAUACUGGCAUGUUUUUCAGCAGUGUUUCACUGUUCAUAUACCUGUCAUUUUCUCAGCUGCUAAAACUGUGUCCAUUUGUUACCCAUUUCAUAAUAAGAUGAAUAAUUAUCAAGUGAUCCCUGACAAUAUGAAUGAAUAGAUGUGCAGUGAAUCAUCUGUAAGUAAGAACAUUUGUACAAACUACUGCUGAUUUUAUAUAAAAUGCAUGCUGUUGAUGAGGGUCUGGUGUCACUAGUUUCAUUUUAUAGGAAAAAUUUAUUUUGUCUUGGAUUGUGUAAUCAAUUUUACACAUUUCUAAAUACUGUGAAUUUUGAAGAAAUUUUAGUAGCUUGGAGUGUAAUGUAGGGGUUAGUUCAGUCUGCGGUUUCUGAAGAUGUUUUCAGUACCUGCCACAUAGCAGUUUUUAAAUGAUGAUGUCCUGAAGUUUGAUUUCAGUAUAACUUGCUGCUCGUCAGACUGAACUGGCCUCAAAUUAUCACAGAGCCUGUUUAUCUACUGUGUUUAUAUCUGUGUCAUGAAAACUUUGGCAUAGUUUACUGGCGUUUUCUAAAACAUCACUGAGCAAGCAGGAGCCUUUUUCUGCUUUUUAUUUUUUGUGUUAUAACUGUAUUGAUACCUACUAUACUUUGUAUUACUGUGAUCAAAUGUAAUCUGGUCUUUCGAGACUUGAAAUAGAAUUUUGAUCUUUGAUUUAUAAUCUUUUGUAAGAAGACUAAAGUGCAUCAAAAACCCAAGAAAUAAAGGAAGCUUAGAUCAUA